AUGUUGGAUACAACUACUGUUUCGAUGUCGGCCCGAAACUUUGCCAAGAUCCCGUCCAACCCUAGCGAACAAGACCGGGGAAUUCGCCUUCUGGACAGGCGCCGAAAUUUGAUGCUAGCUUGGAAUAUAAAUACCUACAACGUUGGAGCAUCUCACCUUUCCCUUCGGCAGUUUAAUGUACUCAGACAUUGCGAUAUCUUCGACGAAUAUGAUGCAAGCAGCCCAAAAAAACCAAGCGAGCUAUGGGUUUCUCUGCGUGCGGGAAAAUACCCCUUGGACGAUUAUCGCCAACAUGUUAACAAGGUGUUCUCCCUUGGCCUAAAGGACAACCUCAACUACGCCGCUGGAGAGAAAAGAUCUAAUCGUAGUAGCUCUCAUCGGACUUCCGGGAAGGAGAUGGCUUGGAAAGAGUUUGUGACAUGGGCACAACUUGCAGAGAGAGUUCGAGUUGUUAGAAGUGCUUUGCUUCAAAAUGGGUUUCAAGGAAGGUGA